ACUGACGUGAAAGGAGCCCUGAGAAGGUAGAGCCGAGGGGAGGGGUAAGAAGGAAGAACGCCCGAGGCUGCAGGAAACUGCAAGGGCUAGAGCUCGGAGCCGGGAACCACCGAGUUCAGGGGUCGAUGUUCCACCCCGCGGGCUCCCGUGGGCCGUGGGAACCCCAGCCCCCCGCCGCUGGCCCCCGUCGGAACUCCUGCAGCCCCCAGGACAGCCCGCCAAGGAGCAACCCCCAGAAACAGAGACGCGAGGACCCCGGCCCGGGCGGAGUCAGCGGGAAGCUCGGCGGGGCCUCGCGGGCUGGCUAGGAGCCCGCCCAGAGGAGGCGCCGGGCCGAGCCGUCCCGGGCUUGGCUCCGUGGGGAAAGUGGGCCGGGCGCGACGAGGGGGCCGGAGGGGGAAGGGAAGGUCCGAGCUCUCCCGGCGGUGGGCUGGGUCCGAGGCGCGGACGGCCUGCGGCGGGGCCCUGGGUUCGAGGUCGCCCGCCGCUGACCAGCUCCGCCCCCGCCCCUCGGGCCUCAGUUUCCCUCCCGCGUGGAUGGAGGGGCGAGUCCGGGGCCCGUCCGUGUGUCUCCCGCUGGAAUGUAGGCUCCAGGAGGGAGGGACUGCUUUGUCCAUCGUUGCAUUCUCGGCUAUUUCAGUACUUUCCGAGGGCCCCUUCCCGAUGGGCUGCAUGUUGGAGGUCACACGGGCAGCCAGUCGAGGAGUCCUGCCCUACACGUGCCGGGGCUGGGGAUAGUGCUGUGCCCCAGGAAUCAUGUAAUCAAAGGGCCGAGCUGUGUGGCCAGACCAGAGAGGCCCCUGCCCUCUUGCUGGGAGCUCUGUGGGUCUCCGUCUAAGCUUCUCCCCCGCCGUGGAGGAAUGGGGCCAGCCUGCCUCACCCUGCCUUCUGACCCCGAAGGCUUCAGAUUCUUAAGGAAAGGGUAACUGUGCCAUUAACGAAUGAGACGCUGGCAGGGGCCCAGGGGGGGUCACAGAAACCUUGGAGGUUUGGCCUCAGGGUUGGAGCUAAGGGACCCCUGGAUUAAGGGAUGGUUUAAGCUAAUAUCUUUUUCUUUGGGUUUUAAAAAACUGUAUCAACCCCCUCCAUGCCUCCCGGUCUGGAACAGGCAUAUUAUCCUUCUCUCUGGGUCCUCUGACAUCCAGGUUUUUGCAUGAUCCUCCCAAUCACCAUUUGAGAGAAGAGGCAGGGAUGCCCGCCCAUUUCACAGAUGAAGACACUGAGACCUCAGGGCACACAGCGAAUAGAGGCCACAGGGCUGGGGCCCAGGUCUCCUCCAGGGCCAGCCUUCUUUGCCCAACAGGGGCACAGAGCUGCCUUCUCCUCUGACCUGUGGCCACCGUCUCCCCUCACAGUGCUUAUAGGAGCCAUGAAGCUGAACGAGAGGAGUGUGGCCCACUACGCACUGAGCGACUCCCCGGCAGACCACACGGGCUUCCUGCGCACUUGGGGGGGUGCAGGGACUCCGCCGACCCCCAGUGGUGCUGGCCGAAGGUGCUGGUUUGUCCUCAAAGGCAACCUGCUGUUCUCCUUUGAGAGUAGGGAGAGCCGGGCCCCGCUGAGCCUGGUGGUGCUGGAGGGCUGCACGGUGGAGCUGGCCGAGGCUCCCGUGUCUGAGGAGUUCGCCUUCGCCAUCCGCUUCGACGCCCCUGGCGUGCGCCCACACCUGCUGGCGGCAGAUGGGCCGGCGGCCCAGGAGGCCUGGGUGAAGGCACUGUCCAGGGCGAGCUUCGGCUACAUGCGCCUGGUGGUGCGCGAGCUGGAGAGCCAACUGCGCGACGCCCGCCACAGCCUGGCCUUGCGUCGCCACUCAUCCUGGAAGGCUGGUCCCGGCCACCAAAAGCCCCAGGCUCCUGAGCGCCCAUCUCCGGGCCCAGAAAACGGCCACCCCGUCUCCAAGGAUUGCCGGCCCGAGGACCUGGUUGAAGAAAGGGGCAGCAGGCCAGGCGGCCGGGGCUUGGCCGAGUGGCAGGGCCCUGCCGGCCUCUUCCUGGGCAGGCGGCAGAGCCCCUCGCUCCCCGAGACCUCCUACUUCUCGAUGCUGCACAACUGGUAUGGCCAGGAGAUCCUGGAGCUGAGGCAGAGGUGGCUGCAGAGGGCCUGGGCCAGCCGGCCGGAGCGCGAGAAUCGGGAUGGGCACUGAGCCCCGGUCUGGCGGGCAUGGCCCUUAUCCUGCCGGUCAGGACACUAGGGCCAGGGCUUUUUCCAGAUUUUAAUGAAUGUUUUUUGUUUGUUUUUUUUAAGUGACUUUUUUUUUUUUGAGAGGAUUCUUUCUUUCCUGUUUUUUAGGCUUUCCCAGGGUCCAGAGCUACCCUCUUGCCUGGAGGGGACUGAGGAGUCAUUACUCCCAACUCCUUUAUUUCCUGAGGCCCAGGGAGAGGGAGGGCCUUGCUCCGCAGCCCCACGGCCAGACUCAGCCUCCUCCCUCUGUGUUCGGGCCCCUCUCUCAGGGGAUGCUAAUGAAAUGGAGGAAGUGGGAAAUAUUACGUGGCGGUAGGCUGCCGUGCCCUGUUACCUACACACCCGACUCUACAACCACAACUUCCUACACAGGGAGUCUUGUGUACCUUUAGAUACCAGAAGUUGGGUGAAGUGUUAGUUCAAGGGACUGACAUCGUCAGAGAAAGUAGAUUUAUUGUUAUGGGGGUUUCUGGGGCCCAGCUCUUCCUGAGCGGUGGGGCACAGGACCCCCACUCUGCAGCUUGAGUGGGGCCCUUUGGAGGGAGAGGGCCUUCAGCCAGCAACGAGGGAUUAAUUCUGCUCGGAGAGUGUUGGGGCUCCCAGCUUCUCUCCCUGGCUGCCCUGUCUAUAGAUGGUGCUUGUCAUCGCCCCAGGAGGGGCUGGUGGCUUUUCAGCGUCAGCAGAAAUCCUUCCUGUAUUCUGUCUUCAGAUGCCAGCUCCUGGAGCUGCCGAGUGGGGAGGCCGUGUGGCUCCCUGGGGAAGCCCUUCAGUCCAGGGCAUUCUCGGAGCUUGGACACAGGCUUCCCAGCACUCUUCUCCCGACUGCCCUCCCAAAGAGCUGUUCCUGAUCCUGAACCCAGCCUGGGAACUCCUUCACCGCCCUGUUUGUCAGCCAGUGCAGGUCUGCCAAGACCCUCUCAUGGAUCCUCCCAGCGGCACGGCCCCAAGUGUUUUAUCGAUGGUUUAGGGUGUCGGCGUGUCUGGGUGGAGAGAGCCAGCAGCCAGCCCGGCCUGAGCCCUUGGGGUGUGGCCGCCGUGGCCGGUCGGGGAUGCAGAGCCUGGGCCGACAGGCCGCUCUCCACACACCCAGCCGGCCCCUGAGCCUCUCCGUCCCCUCUUAGCAGCUUGGGUACACGGCCCAGGGCCGGACCAGGUCUGGAGGCUUCGCGGGCCCAGUCCCAAAGGCUUGUUUCCCAGGAGGCGGGGCGGCCGCCUUCCCAGCCCCCUGCUUCAUACAGAUACCACAGCCUUUUGUUAUCGUUCUUAUGGUUAUUACAGUGUUUUUUUUUUAUAUAUACGAUUAAAACACUAAGUUUUUAUUACUCA